UUGUUUGGUUUUUCCAUUCUGUAGUAGAAUGAGGCGUAAACUUUCAAUUUGACACAACCUUUGAAUUCUCUUCUGAACCAAACCAUAUCAAGAGAAGUAGAAACAGACCCAGAAUCAUGGUAACAACGGCAAUACAGAACCAGAAUUCUAGGUUCUAAGCAACCCAACUCAGAACACAGGUCGCUGACAUGUUCUUUUCUCUCCACAUCCUUUUUCUUUCCCUUCCGAAUAAUUAGGUAACACUUCACCCUCUGCUGAAUCGGAUUCGCAUGUGAAAAACAUCUUCCAGAGUUUGCACGUACAUCUUUAUCCCUGCGGGUGUAAAGUCUCAUUCCUGUGCAAAUUUUCAAAGUUAAAAUCAGAGUUGCAUGACUUUCCCCUGUUUUAAUUUCCUCUGUUUUGCUUCAAAAGGAAUGAACACGUUUGUGGAAUGAAUUCACCCCCUCAAUGAGAUUUGGGUGAAAAUCCCACUUCCAUUUAUGUGAUUAUGGAUUCUGUGAAAGGUUUUCUUCAACGGAAAUGGAUCCUUUUGCGGAAUAUUUUCAGAAAUUUCUCUCUAGGCUUUUGAAUACUCUGUUUUGGGUCUUCACCAAAGUCUUCAUGAGAUUCUGUUGUUCUGAUUCUUCUAGAGCAAUGAAACCGCUUUAUUCUUCCCAGUUUUCUUGUGACAAUGAGCAAGCUGAGUCAAUUCACUCUGAGUCUGAAAAUUUUGGGUAUCUGGCUGAUGCUCUCUCACGUGAAAAUGAUCCAAAUUAUUCCGAUGGUUGCCAGGGAGGAACAAAGUCCAUUGAAAAACGUUGUUCUGAAACUCUUCGUGGCAGUGAGAAUUUUGGGUCCGAAGAAGAUGAAACGACAAAGUUUGUUUUCAAAUUUGAAUACCAAAAGUGGAAUUACAAUUAUGAUGACGAAUUCAGGGACGGGUAUGAUGAAAGUAGUGAUUUUGUGAAGGGGGGUGAUGCUGUUUCUGCCAGCACCACCAAUAAGUAUGAGUUCAUGUCAGGCAAGAGUUUCAGUCACUUCUUGGAUGAACCUCAGGCUGGAAAUUUCACUGUCAAAGAAUGUUUUGUUCAUUCAAACGAAGCCUUUAAAUUGGAAAAUCAAGUUAAAUAUGAUUUUGGGUUAUUGUUAAGGAAGAAUUUUAUGCCAGAAAAUUGUGAAGAAGGGGUUAGUGAAGAAAAUCUCGACAAUUUCACAGAAAAGAAACUCAAAGCUGAGGAGUCGAUAGAGCAUCCUGUCGAGCCAAUUGUUCGCAAUUUUCUUUCGGAAGAUGAUUCUAUUUGUUCAAGUUCCAACUCAGAUUCUAUUAUCAGUUCUUUGGGGGAGGGGUUUUUGUCGGACACAGAUUUUGGAAACACUGUGGAGUUUGAGACACCGGAGAGCAAUGCAGAAGAAAAUGCAGUUUUAACAGAAGAGGAUAUGGACGAGAAAAUAUAUGAGAAUUUGGAUGUUGGAUAUGAGCCUGAUGAUUUCACCGAAGAGGAUGAAGAUGUAAUGGAUGAGCUUGGAAAGUUGGAAGAAGAAUGCAGACUAGAGGAGUCUUCAGGAAAAAGUUUUGAAGAUAAAAAUAUCAAUUCCAAGCUUCAGCAAUCAAUGGAGCCCCAUUCACAAACUUUAACAACUAUUGAUCUUGAGGAUUCCAACCGGUUUGACACACUGUGGGAACAUCAAGAUUUGAUAGAUCAGUUGAAGAUGGAACUGAAGAAGGUCAGAGCCACUGGUCUGCCAACCAUCCUUGAGGAUUCUGAGUCUCCAAGGAUAAUGGAAGACUUGAAGCCAUGGAAAAUUGAUGAAAAAUUACAGCAUGGUAACACCACAAACGAGCUUCCAAAAUUCUACAGGAGUUAUAGAGAACGAAUGCGGAAAUUCGACAUCUUGAAUUACCAAAAGAUGUAUGCUAUAGGUGUUUUGCAGUCAAAGGACCCACUCCAAUCAUUUUCAACCCGUAAAAACCCUUCACCAGCAUUCACAAGCAUUAUUCCACGCGGCUUUCGCCUUUCUAGACGAAAACAAAUAGAAGCUGACCCAAUGAAGAAGUUUGUAGUAGAAUUAUACAGUGACUUGGAAAUGGUUUAUGUGGGGCAAUUGUGCCUUUCUUGGGAAUUCCUUCAGUGGGAAUAUGAGAAGGCCUUGAAGCUAUGGGAAUCUGACCAAUACGGGUUACUAAGAUUCAACGAAGUAGCAGGAGAAUUUCAACAAUUCCAAGUGCUUCUCCAAAGGUUUAUAGAGAAUGAACCUUUCCUCCAUGGUCCACGAGUUCAAAACUAUGCCAGGAAUCGUUGUGCAAUGCGCAAUCUUCUUCAAGUUCCAGUAAUAAGGGAAGACAACGCCAAGGAUAAAAGGAAAUUCAGUAAAAGAGAAGCAGAUAAAGAUGCAAUCACCAGUGACAUGCUAGUGGAGAUUUUGGAAGAAUCCAUCAGAACAAUUUGGCGUUUUAUAAGAGCUGAUAAAGAUGCAUCUAGCUUGGCUCUAAAAGGUCUAAAAGAAAAUCAUGUACAGCUCCAAGACCCUUCAAAUUCAGAGCUUUUGGUGGAGAUUAGAACAGAUCUUCAAAAGAAAGAGAAGAGAUUGAGAGAGAUUUUGAGGAGUGGAAGCUGCAUUCUGAAGAAGUUCCAAAAGCAUCAUGAAGAUGAGGCAGAUCAAGUGCUUUACUUUUUCUCUCAAGUGGACAUGAAAUUGGUUUUGAGAGUGUUGAACAUGUCAAGGAUAACGACAGAUCAACUAGCAUGGUGUCGUAGUAAAUUAAACAAGAUCACUUUUAUAAACCGAAGGAUACGUGUAGAACCAUCAUUUUUACUUUUCCCUACUUAAUACUUUAUUUCACAUUUAGAAUGUUAUUAUUGAAGUAGUAAUGAAUUUUUUCAUAUAACUUCAAAGUGUCUCAAUGA